UAUGGCUUCCUCGGCCCAGAUCAAAACAAGACAUGGCGGAAGCUCUACCAUGCGAUUUCGACGCUUGGUUGAAGGACACUCUAGUCGGGUUAAACACAGAUGACGAGGUCUUUAGCUCCUACAUAAAAAGUAUAUUGGAAAGCGAGGAAAAUGCCGACGAGAAGAUGGAGGCUCUGCAGGGGAUCCUUACGGAGAUAACGGAAAGUGGAAUUGAUGAGCUUUGUCAAGACAUACUAAAAAAAUGGACCUUAAUUGAAGAAGGAAAGGUUUCAGAAAACAAUGAUAAGAGCAAGGUUGAACUCGAUGCAAAAAUUGCAAAAAUUAUGGAAGCGCAGGCUCAGUGUGUUACCCAAACAAAAACAAUAUCAAAAGAACAGGAAAAGCUCAAGAGUGCCAUCUUAGCUCAAUAUGCACAAGUGUCUGAUGGUGAGGUAACUGAUGAUGAAGAGGAGCCAGAUGGUUCAGGUGCGAUUGGUUUCUGUUUGAAGAAUACAAAUGCUGAAGACGUGGUAAGGGCAGAACGAGAAAGAAGAGACAAAGACAAAGAAGAAGCACAGCGAAAGAAAGAUAAGGACAAAGAGGACAGAGCCAAGCAGAAAGCUAAAGAUGAAGAAAGGAAGGAGAAGGAGAAGAAGCGAACUCAGAAAGGGGAGAGGAGACGGUGAUCAGAUGCAAUGUUAGUUUCCAACAAGAACUUCCAUACAAGAGUUUUUGUGUUGCUCUGUGUUCAAUUUGGACGGCUGGUGUAGAUUUUCAUACUGGUGUCUGUAUGUGGAAAAUUUGUUGAAUACUUUUGAGGUAAUUGCACAUGAAAGCAGCUGUAAAAGCUUUGCUGGUUAUGUAACCAAUGUAAAGUAUUGGUACAGUUUUGAAAAUUAUAUCUGCAGAUGCACACAUACUGGAAAAAUUUAUUUUAAAGUUAGUCACUCUUGGCAGCAUAUGUAAAAAAUUUUGCUGGUGAUCUAAUGUUUGGCCUUGCUAAAGAGGCAAUUUUUGUGUCGUGGAAAAUACGUUAGAAAUUAAUAAUAUUGCUGUGAAUUCUGUCCAUAGUACUUUAGACUUUCUCAAGAUGUAGGUAACUAAAAUGCUUGGUCAUAUACGUUAUAACUAUUUUAUCAAUUCAGUUUGACCAUUUAUGGCUUGUAAAAUAUCUUCUUAGUAAGACUAAGGUUUUGUAAUCCAGGUGCAUUUUUAUUCAAUAAUUUAUAAAGCAAUAAUUUUUCUUAAUGUUUAUCAACAACUAUAGUUUGUUCCAUCUGGCUGAAGGUUUGGCUUAUAUUUUUUUUCUGGGUAAACAGUUUUGAAGACUGAAUAACUUUACCAUGAAUUACAUUCUGCUCUUGCACAGAUUUAGAAAUGCAUCAUUUCAUAGUCCUCACUGAAUGAGAUCUAUUUGUCAAUUGGAUUUUAUUUUGUAUAUUUGUUUGUGGAAAACUUCUUUGUAAAUUAAUUCAAUCUGUGUGAAUUUUUCAUAUGCAAACCUUUUAUUUACAGAACCCUUAAAUUAUUGUCUUGGCAAGCAACAGACUAGUCAAGAGUAGUUAGGCAGUGGAUGGGAUUUCUAUUUGCUAGCUGUUAUCUCUCUUAGCUCAAUGUGGCUCUGCUCUGCUGUUAAAGCACAUGGCCUUGUAACUAUAUGGCCAGCAUUAGUGUCUUCCCAGGAACCCCAUCUCCCUUUGGUAGUGAGUGUCCAUUGGGUACAAUAGUGUCAAGAUUUGAUGGGAAGAAUAUCUGUAAUUUGUUAAGCUUAAUACAUUUUUGUUAAUGGAAGCCGUUUCUAGGCAUUUUUAACCCAUCUUUCUCUUUGUAGUCCCCACUUGUUCAAAAGCUCAUUCAUACCUUUGUUAGCCUUUCUUCUCCAUCUGUAGCACAAGAAGUGACUCCUGAUGUGAGUGCAAACCAAUCAUUGUAUAACUAUUUAUUGAACACUAGACCACUGGUAAUUCCAUACGUAAGUUUGAUCAGCUCUUCCUCACACUAAAGGCUGGCCUCAAGAUGUGCAUGGCAAUACACAAGUACUUGCAGUGUGAUCCAGUUGAUCUUGACGGCUUACUACUGCUCAGUUGGUGCAGCUAGUCAGGGAAUUGCCAAAAACAGCAGUUGCAUAUUAUGGAAACUGAGGUUUGUCUUUGAAAAGUUUACAAAGUUCCAGGUAUGUGUCUUGGAGACUAUUACAGAAUUGGAAUGGACAGCUCAGUUAAGCAUCACUGCUUAUGUUGUGCAUGGAGCUAGGUUGCCCCAGUGGGAUAAAAGGGUUUUCACUGCCCCUUCUUCUAAUAGCCAGAACAUGGAGGCCUUAAUAUAGUGCAAGCCUAGGUGUGAAUUCAAGGCUGUAGUUGCCAUGGGUUAUCCAGUCAUCCCCCCUAGGUAGAACUGCCACUUCCAACAAGAUAAAUCAGGCCAACAACUAAAGAGUGGACCCACUUUAACUUCUGGUGGGGCACAUUUGAAUUCUUUUCUGCCCUUCUAGCAUGUUCACAACUGCACAUCUUCUUUCUAAGGAGAUCCCUAACGUUUGACGAAAUGUUUACUACAAGACAGUUAACAUGUAAACCUAAGCAAGGUUAUACGCCUUGACUAGAGGAAAUCUGGUGGAAGCUGCAAUACAAGGUAGCUUCAUGCUGUAGCCUGUGCAUCUGAAUACAUUUAUUCUCAUGUUUAAGCAACAAGAUUUUGCUUGUAUGCAUGAGCAAUAAUGUUUGACGGAGCCAUCCUUUAUCAUAGGUGUAGAUCAGAUCCACUUUUUACUUGGACAACAUAGUAAGCUCAUGAUCUUGUUCCAAACAUACUACUAGAACAAUGCAAGGUGUACUAUUCACCCACACAUAUCCUGUUUUUUAGUGGUUACAUUUAGCAACUAAUCUAUCCAUAUUGUCUUUUAGGUAAUUUUAGUGUUACUUUAGUUCACUAUGACUCAAUGUUACAAAAUAUAUGGACCCUGUGCAUCUUAAAAUUUUAUGGUUUGGGUUACUCUUGAGAGGUUAUACCUUUUAACUCAUUCUGACAUGCUUGGGAACAGUUUUAAAAGCAUAUGUCCUAUAUUCACUUUGGAAUGUUUUAAUCAUCAAUUGAUUUGUGAUCAUUUUGUAUAUAUAUCUUGAUAAUUAUAGGUAAAUAUUAGGUAGCAGUAACUGAUACUGCAAAGUCAAACUGCUACUAUUAUAUUUCAGUUGGCUCAAAUAAAGCUAUGGUUAUUUAAAUUUGCUUAGGUAAAAUUGUUUCAAACUAGGUUCAGGUGGAAUUUGGACAUUGAGGCUUGUGUCCUUGUUAUUUUAAAAGAAAUUAUUUUAGCUUAUUCCCCUCUUCCUUCUUUCUCUCUCUUUUGCUUAGUGAAUGUGGUUCCCAUUCCUACGUUAUGUACAGGAAAAUGUUGUUUGAUAAUUUUCAUGAUUAAUCAUAAUGGGAAAAGUAAAUACCUGGGAUGGGAGUAAGCACCAAAGAGUGAUAGAACAGAAUGACUUGGAUCUCAGAUCUUGAAUAUAAAAACAGACAGAAGAGUCUAAGGUAAACUAAUAUCUAAAGGAAAAAUAAGUAUCAAGUAAAUAUGGGAUUAAGAAUAAUUUAUGAAAGAUAUAAGAAAGCAAAGUAGCAAAGAACUGACAAGCAUAAACAACUUUUUUUUUAAACAUUUAAGGUUAUGGGUAUACUGGAUAAGUAAACAAAAUACUUCUAUGAACAAGUGAGGUCAAGAACUUUGGGCCUGGUAGUGGUUUGAGGCCCUUGAUGAACUAUCAAUCACCGCUCUUUGCCAUCAUAGCUGAUUAUCUAUCAGGAGGUAGGACAAUACAAUGAUGAACUUGUGAACUGAAGGUACGUUAAUUCAUUUGCUACUCCAUCUUCGUGCCUGCUUUAUUGUUACGGACCUAUCAGUUGAUAACAAUCAACUGAGAAAGAAAAUCGAUUGUUUAUACUCCCUUUAUGUGUAUAUGAUAAAUUAUUUAAAGGGAAGGCCUAGAGCUUUAUAGAAGAGCCUUUAUUAGGCUCAGAGGUCUGGAUAAACUAAUCCUUCAUGAUGGUAAUAAUGUAAUAUAUUCACAAUACUUUUAAAAUUCAAAAUACCGUAACCUUAAGUAAGGAGAUACUGUACUGUACAUGAAUUUUUUGUAUAAAACUUAAUUUCUUGAUGGUCAAAUUUCCAGAAGAAAUUUUAAUACGAUUGGACAAUUCUAAUAGAACAUAACAUUAAAUUUUAGCCACCUUAAUGAUUAUUGUAGCGUGUCUGUACCUUUUCCAUUGUAUUCUUUUAUUCUUUACAUGACUUUGUCUGAGUAAAUGUAUACUGAUUCACUUUUGUAAAAGAGGAAGCUUUUAUUUUCAUUGUAACUUGUGGAUUGUUAAAGAAAAAGGGCAUUGUUUGCAAGUGUGCUUUUAGAUACAUUUGAGUAUUACAGAUAAUUGUUCCUGUGUUCAAUGGAAGUGUUACUUUAAUCAAAAGUAUGUCUAGGUAUUGGAAAUUGAUGCGAAGGUUACUCAGCCUCAUGGCAAAAAUAGUAAACAAUGAUCAGCUACCACAACAUAUAUAAUGAGCAAGUUUUAACUAUUUAUUCUCUGGUGUGUAUUUUUGUAUCAAUUUUACUAAUGGUAAUUUUUAUGAGAUCUUGGUUGUAUGUUUUACCUUACUUCGUGUGUGUUGGAUCCAUGGACCUAAUGACAGUAUCAGAAUAUUGUUAUACAGAGAUGGAACAAUGUUUGGCAUAGGUUGCACUGCAUCAUUUCCAGUUUUAAAAAAACUGAACGUUUUGAACAUCAAAUUGUAAAGUUCUUCACACCAUUAAAAUAAACAUCUCAAUUUAUAAUGUAGUAUGCAUUAGCUAUAAAUAUGUUUGAUAGUACAGACUCUGCCACAGUAAACUGGGAUGCUGGAGAGAUAUUCGUAUGAAGUACUGCAAUAUUCUCUUUCCUUAACAUUUGGAUCUGAUUGGCUAUGAGGUAUCUCUCUCUCUCUCUCUCUCUCUCUCUCUCUCUCUCUCUCUCUCUCUCUCUCUCUCUCUCUCUCUCUCUCUCUCUCUCUCUCUCUCACAAAGAAAAGUUUUUACCAAGUAGUAGUGCAGCCUUUUCAAUGGUGAUGAUAGUAGUGAGAGAUGUGUAUUUCUGGUGAUAGCAGCUCACUUGCUGAAUAACCACUGGUUCCAUGCAAUGUAAAAGCACCAUACAAACAAACAAUCAAUGGUGAUGAUAUAGUUAAGUUGCAUUAAAUGUCAGCUUUAUUAUCAUAUUUAGGACACCAUAGUUUGCAGUCAUGUUCUUAAACAUCCUGAGACUGCUUAGAUUUUUAUUGUUUGUUUAUCAUUUACUGUAUCGUAAUGAAAUUGUUAUUAGACUUGUCCCCAAGAAAAUUCUGGUGUUGGGAGUAUAUAUGAUACAUUUUAUCAGAUAAAAUACAAUUAUUUAAUUUAUAUUUAAUCGGUUUUCUCACUUUUAUCUUUCGGGAAUAAAAAAGUUGGUCAAGAUAGUUAAAAAAUGAAUCAGAAUAUUCAACAUUUUCAGGCUAUCCAGUUAUUGAUAUUUUUAAGAGUUGCCGGCAGUAAAUAAUCAUAAGAAGAAACCUAUUGGGCCAGCCAGGGAGAAAUGGGAAUUUUAAUCCUGUUUUCUGGUUAAACGGUUGAUUAUAUGUUUGAAUUUUUAUCCCUUUGUCGUAAUAAAUGGUCAUAGCUUGAGUGGUGGCCUUGUCUGCAAAUGUCAGGGAUUAAACUCAAUACCAAUGACAAAAUUUUAUUUGCAAGAUUCACCUUAAAAUGUUAUUUCUAGUAAUAGCAUUAUUAUAUAAUCUUGGCUUUUAUAUCCCACAUGGAAGUUAACGAGAAUUGUUUGAAUGAUUUGAUCUAAAUGUUAGCUUUUGUAAAGUAUUGCUUAUAAUGUAGUGGUGCAUUAAACUCCCAAACGAAGUGUAUCAUGUGCUUAUGUAAGCACUGUGAAACACCUAUUAUAUGUAUACAUACGUAUAUACCUUUAUGAAAUCAUUUAUAUUAAUAGAUUGGCUUCUAAAAUUAGCUCCUGUUUAUGUUACAAAUAUCAGUUUAAAUAUUGGUGUUUUAUGUAAUUUUAUCUGUUUUGUUGUUUAGUUUUGCCAAGUAGUAGAACAUAGUCAGUGGAUAACCAACAUUCUGUCAGUAAAAGACAAGAGACAUGGUCUAGUAACAUCAAAGAUUUAUUUGUAGAUUGAGAUACAGGAUUCAUUACCCAAUGUGUUAAUCAAAAGAGGAAUUGGUUGUUAAAUGAAUGAAAUUUGUUGAUAAACUGGUCAUGUCAUUCGUUAGCAUUAAUCACUCAACACGGAAACUUACAGCUAUAAUUAUCAUUUCUAAUGAUUAAUCAACCAUUUUUGAUAAAUAAGCACUUUGCCUUCUCUUGGACAACUCUUAGUUUUCCCUAUUUCAUUUUUUCCGAAAUCUUAAAACCUUUCGCUCUAGGGGAAAGUCUGUCACUUUGAAUUCAGUCGUUAAGUGUUACACCUUGUUGAGCUGUAUUCUGAAGGACCUUUCACCUCUUGGAGGUGCCUAGCUUUCAUGUUUAGAGAUCUUCUAGUAAAUAUUCACAGGAAUUCUGCUGUUUAACUUUUGACAUCUCUACAGUCAAUUUUCUUGUCAAACCAUGGGGUUGUUAUGCUGUCACAGUUGGUAUCCUUUUUUCAUUUGUCAGCUCCUUCGGUACCAGAGGGGUUGUCCAUCUUUGCUUCAAAAUUUAGGUCUGCCUCUCCUGGCAAGAUCUGGAAAGACCUUUCCAGAUCAUUCUGGACAAAUAGCUGUUGCAAGUCCUGAGGAGAGAGUUUUCUAGUUUGUUCUUCCCUUGAGACCACUUUGGAACCUAACAAUUAGGAUUUUUUUUAACUUCGUCAGGUUACUGCUUGCAUCUUAGGAUUUGAGCUGCCAAUUAGGCUGGUUUUCCUGGAAGAUGUUAUCCUGGAUUAGUUUUUCCUUAAUUCUUUUGAGAAAGGUCAGCUUCAGAGGGCCUAUCUACUGUGCGCCAUAAUGAUUGCAACUUGGCUUCCUGCUGUACAGAAGGUAGGUUAGCAUGCUUUCUGUUGAGUCACAAUUACACCAAACAUUUAUCCCACAGGGAUCCAAUCCUGCUUGUGACCCCUUGUUCCCUUCAGGGGUUUUGGAUUCUUUUUCUAAUUCCCAGGAGCUCCCUUGGUCUCCUCCGAUCCUUUUUCUCCUUGUCAGGAUAGCAGCUCAGAUGUUGCUAUGUAGACAGUGUGAAAGUGAUGGGGUUGUGAAUAUAAAAGUAAAAAAAUAAUUUUCGUUACACAGACUACUUAUGUUGAUCAAGCUCUUUCACAGCUUGAUCAGAGUACACAAAAAGUGUUUUUAGUUGACUCUCUGGGCCUGAGGGAACCUGAGCACAUUCUUCAUCCUACUGGAUCUUUUCUUUUCCCUACAAUAGAGUGAUGUCAGAUUAUGUGCAAAGCCUGAAAUAGUCUGUGUUGAUGCAAGGGGUGUGUACUGAAAAAAUUUUGUUUUUUCAAAAAUCAUAAGUGUAAUUUUGUAAUUAUUAAAUCUUUGUUGAUAUUAGCUGAUAAUUUCCUUAGUGGUAGAAGUGCUGCUGUGGUAGUUUUUCUGUGUUUUUUAGCUUUAGAAAUAUUGAGUCACUGGUUUUAAGUGAACUUUUGUGAAAUCAAAUGAUAUUUUUAUUAGAAAAUAAAAUGUCUUAUUGC